AUGCAACAAGAAUUUCAGAAGCAGAGUCAGAGUAUUUCUCAACAGCCAUUGGAAAAAUCAAAUACUGUCUCACCACAACUACAGUCACCACAACAGCAAAAAAUACAACAGGCAAAAAAAGUGUUACCUGUACCUGGAUUUUCGGAAGAACCCAUCGAAGCACCGCUGGUUUUUCAAUGUAACGACUGUUUAAUAAUUGUUGGUGAUUCAUUUGCAUGGGUGUCAGCUGACCAGGAUUUAAGCAGUAUAGUGUUAUUUGCAAAACCUAAGAAUUUACGGGUGGGUGAUGAUUUAUUUUGGUCAAAAGAGGGAGUUGAUGUUGGAAGGUGA